AUGACACACGCACCGCCGGCGGCGUCCGGCCCGUCGCCCAAGAAGCGUACGCGCGCGAGGAAGUACGUGUGCGACACGUGCGGUCACCGCUGCGCUUUCCCCAAGGACCUCAGGCGCCACCAGUUCAAGCAUUUAAAGGAGACGUUCGCCUGUGGCGACUGCAGCGCCACCUACAACCGGCCGGACAAGCUAGCUGACCAUGUGCGGUUGGCGCACCGGCAACCGAGCGACCGGCUCCGCGUGCCCUGCCCCACCGACGGCUGCUCGUACGCCGGCGUCAACCGCAGCCAACUGCAGAAACACAUGCGCGACCGUCACUCGGACGAGCGGCCCUUCAGCUGCCAAGUAUGCAGUUACUCGGCCAAACAUAUGUACCACUUGACUGUCCACCUGCGGUCACACACAGGCGACAGUCCGUACAGGUGCGAGGAGCCCCAGUGCCGCAAGUCGUUCUGCACGAGGAGCGAUCUGAAGCGCCACCGGCGCUGCCACUCCGGCGAGCAGCCCUUCAAGUGCGACAUCUGCGGCUUCGCCUCCUCGUUCAGAGCGAACGUCGUGAAGCAUAUCCGGGUUCGGCACGGUUCGACGCCAGGAACGGAGGCAUUGCGCGACACCUGUCAGCCAGGCAAGGAGGCGGCGCUCCCCGGCGGCGCCGGGCCACCGCCUCAGAAGCAGCGGCGCGGCCCGGCCGCUCCAGCCGGUCGCGGCCGAAACCGCAACACAUACCGCGCCAAUCACUGGUGCCAGCUGUGCAGCGCCAGCUUCGUGCGCGAGGAGGCGUACAACGCGCACCUGAGCACGCACGGGGCCUCGGCACCCGAGCCAGCCUCCUCAUGA